AUGGCAGUCAUCAUCCCUUUAGUUAACGGUACUUCUUAUAAUACUGUUACAGCUCAUUCUGCUGAAUCCUACAAGAAUACCGUCAAUUUCUAUACUAAAUUCUUGGGUUUAAAGACUCAAUCUUCCAAGGACAAUGAAUCAAUUUUAACUAACGAAGAUAUUUGUAUUAAAAUUGUCUUAGAAGAAUCUAAUGAUGGUUUUAAGUUAGACGAAGCUCGUUUCAAUGAAUUGUUUAAAUUGACUGCUCGUUCCGAUUGGAGAUCGAAAGUUCCACAAUCUUUAGUCUUUAACGUAGAAAACAUUAACAUUAUUAAGGAUGUCUUGAUCGAAUUGGAUGCUCCAAGACAAUUCCACCCUUCAGAAUUAUCUCCAAUGUUUUUAUACACUUUAGAUCCUUUAGGUAAUGUUGUUGGUGUCACUGAAACUAAAAAUGCUGUUUCAACAAAACCAAUGAAACCAACUUCUACUACUUCUACCAUGAAGGUUCAUUCUUCUUUACCAUCAAAGGUCACUUCAUCUACUGAUUUAGCUGGCCAAAUUAAAACUACCACAAACUAUCCUUCUCUACCAAAGGCUAAAGGCCAUGAAAAAGCUAUUGCUGUUAUGACUUCUGGUGGUGAUGCCCCAGGUAUGAACUCUAAUGUCAGAUCCAUUGUUAGAUCUGCCAUUUUUAAAGGUUGUCAAGCUUACGUAGUCAUGGAAGGUUACGAAGGUUUGGUUCGUGGUGGUCCAGAAUAUAUUAAACAAGUCACCUGGGAAGAUGUUAGAGGUUGGUCUACUGAAGGUGGUACCAAUAUUGGUACUGCUCGUUGUAUGGCUUUCAAGAAGCGUGAAGGUAGAUUAUUAGGUGCUCAACAUUUAAUUGAAGCUGGUGUUGAUGCCUUAAUCGUCUGUGGUGGUGAUGGUUCUCUAACUGGUGCUGAUUUGUUCAGAUCUGAAUGGCCAUCUUUAAUUAAAGAAUUAUUAGAAACCAAGAGAAUUUCAGAACAACAAUACACUAGAUACCAACAUUUGAACAUCUGUGGUACUGUUGGUUCAAUUGAUAACGAUAUGUCCACUACUGAUGCUACCAUUGGUGCUUACUCUGCCUUGGAUAGAAUUUGUAAAGCUAUUGAUUAUGUAGAAGCCACUGCUUACUCUCAUUCAAGAGCGUUCGUUGUUGAAGUUAUGGGUAGAAACUGUGGUUGGUUAGCCUUAUUGGCUGGUAUCGCUACUUCUGCUGAUUAUAUUUUCAUUCCAGAAAAACCAGCUUCGUCUGAAGAAUGGCAAGACCACAUGUGUAACAUCGUAGCUAAACAUAGAUCAAAGGGUAAGAGAACUACUAUUGUCAUUGUUGCUGAAGGUGCUAUCUCUGCUGAUUUAACUCCAAUUACUCCAAAGGAUGUCCACAAAGUUUUAGUUGACAAAUUAGGUUUAGAUACCAGAAUCACCAUUUUGGGUCAUGUUCAAAGAGGUGGUACUGCUGUCGCUUACGAUAGAGUCUUGGCUACUUUACAAGGUGUAGAAGCUGUUAAUGCUGUUUUGGAUUCCACUCCAGAAACUCCAUCUCCAUUAAUUGCUAUCAAUGAAAAUAAAAUUGUUAGAAAGCCAUUGAUGGAUUCUGUUGCUUUAACUAAAUCUGUAGCUGAUGCUAUUCAAGCUAAAGAUUUCGACAAAGCUAUGUCUUUAAGAGAUACCGAAUUUGUUGAACAUUUAAAUAACUUUAUGGCUAUAAACUCUGCUGAUCACAAUGAACCAAAAUUAGCAGCUGAUAAGAGAUUAAAGAUCGCUAUCAUUAACGUUGGUGCCCCAGCUGGUGGUGUUAACUCUGCUGUUUAUUCUAUGGCUACUUACUGUAUGUCUCAAGGUCACAAGCCAUACGGUAUUUACAAUGGUUUCACUGGUUUAUCAAGACAUGAAAGUGUUCGUUCAUUAAACUGGAAGGAUCUAUUGGGUUGGCAAUCACGCGGUGGUUCUGAAUUAGGUACUAAUAGACACACCCCAGAAGAAGCUGACAUCGGUAUGGUUGCUUACUAUUUUCAAAAAUACCAAUUUGAUGGUUUAAUCAUUGUUGGUGGUUUUGAAGCCUUCGUAUCAUUAUCUCAAUUAGAAAGAGCAAGAGAUAGUUACUCUGCUUUCAGAAUCCCAAUGGUUUUAAUUCCAGCAACCUUAUCUAACAACGUUCCAGGUACUGAAUACUCUUUAGGUAGUGAUACUGCUUUGAACGCUUUGAUGGAAUACUGUGACAUUGUUAAACAAUCUGCUUCUUCUUCAAGAGGUAGAGCUUUCAUUGUUGAAACUCAAGGUGGUAAUUCCGGUUACUUAGCUACAUUAGCAGCUUUGGCUUGUGGUGCUGCUGCUUCUUAUGUUCCAGAAGAAGGUAUAUCCUUAGAACAAUUAUCCCAAGAUAUUGAAACUUUAUCAGGUGCAUUCGAAAACGCCAAAGGAAGAGAUAGAUUUGGUAAAAUUAUCUUAAAGAGCAAGAAUGCCUCCAAGGCCUUAACUACAGACAAAUUAGCUGAAGUUAUCACCGAAGAAGCUAGCGGUAGAUUCGAUGCUAAGUCAGCCUUACCAGGCCAUAUUCAACAAGGUGGUUUACCAUCUCCAAUCGAUAGAACUAGAGGUACUAGAUUUGCUAUUAAAGCAGUUAACUUCAUUGAAAAUAACCAAGAUUUAAUUGCUGAAGCUCGUUCAGAUGAUGGUGAUUUCGAUAUCACCGACAAGCAAGUUUCUGCAACUGCCUCUGUUUUGGGUGUCAAGGGUACUAACGUUGUUUUCACUUCUAUUAGACAUCUAUAUGACGUCGAAACCGAUAUUGCUAAGAGAAUGCCAAAGAUUAUUCACUGGCAAGAAACAAGAACUAUUGCUGACCAUUUGGUUGGUAGAAAGAGAGUUUAA